CGUCGUAUCAGAAUGUCCCAGCCGACUCUCAACUCCAGCUUCAGCGGCAUCAAUUUCGCCGGGAUGAAUCGCGUCGGCACCAGGCUGUCUUACAUAAGUCUACGAACGGCGGCGUCCGGCGAUAACAGCGUGAACGAGGAAAAGCUGUCGGCGCCUAGAGUGCACAGUGGUAGCUCGAGGGGUAGUUUGACAAUGGAGCAAAGUACCUCGAGGCUAUCACAACCGGACGUUAGACGGUUCGCGUUGCGACACGACGUGCCAGCCAAGCGGGACCGCCUCUCUCAGCCGACCCUGGUAACCGGUGAUUACCAUCCGGGUCGCGGCCAACAGCGAUUGUCCCAGCCGUGUCUGAGCACCGAGAAGGAGCUCAAUCUACCCACCAUGGUAUUCCAUUCUCCUUCUCCACCCCCCGUCAAGCACAAGAGAUUCUCCCCGGCCAUACACGCCAGCCAGAGGGACCGUCUCUCGCAGCUGGAUUUCGGCGCGAAGUACAGAAACUUCAAAGAGUCCGCUACGACGAAAUUUAACCGGGAUCGUUUCUCGAUACCCGAGCUGGAAACGCAGAACGAUCUCCGGCUGAUAGCCGGCACGCCGAAACAAAGGUUCAGCUUGGACAGCCAGCUGACGCGAAAUCAGGACGUGACGCGGUCCAGGCUGCUGCCGAUCGCCAGCUCCCCAAUCAGCGAACACCAGCAGACCAAAACCAACGAACCGGCUGCACCGAUAUCCGGGAGUAAGCUCAAGAGCCCCGCGAAGGAUGGCCUUGGAAGCGUACUCGUAACGACCACCACACCGAUAUUACCGGCACACGAGAGACAACUUUUGUCGUCGGAGUUGCUUGCGAUCAAGAAGAACUCUAUCACCUCAACCACAAGGCUGAGCAAGGUUCCCUCGGUGUUACCGAUUCACACCAGAGAGAGGAUGUCCGUGCCCGAGAUUCGAAACUCGAGUUUACGUCGAUUACUCGAUCCGCCGACCAGACAGAGGCACAGCAUCACGGGCAACCUGAGACAGAGCAUCAUCUCUCCGCUGAGGCCGCUCGACUUUGGCAAGAAAACGCCGAAACAUUUGUUCGAGGAAGCCCUGGAGAGAUUCAGAAGGGACGAGAGGGAGGAGAAUCGAAAGAACGAAAUGUCCAACUCGGAGACUAUCGUCGAUAUCGUCGACGGGCCGAAACACAUUCAAAAGCAUUAUUCGUACACGUACGAGAACACGGACGAGACUUCCACGCUCCUGGGGAAAUUGAGCGUGUCGGCGAUACCGAAGAAGAAAUAUCUGGAGAGUAAUUUUGACGAGAACGAGCAGGUGAUCACGACGGUGAUCGAGACCGACGUGCCGAUGAUCACGGUCAGUCCGAAGUACGUGAAAAAAUCGUCCUACUCGAGCGAGACACCGAAAUGGAUCAAGAAAUACUUGGAGAACGAGAGUCCAAAAGUGGGGAGAAAAGCGACCGUUAACAAGGAAAAGAACAGCAGAAGGAGCAGUCGUAGGAAAAGCUCGUUGGAGUCGAUGGAGGGUGAAAAGGUUGUCAAGAAGGUUCGCUCGAAGUCGGUCAGCAGCGGCGAAAGGAGCCCGAUGGUGAAGACCAUCAUCUCGCAGCCUGAAACGAACAUGAAGAAUACGUACGUGAGGAUUCUACCCUCGAACAAUGCUGUGCGUGAAAACAAGUACGAGGUGAAGGUAGAGAACAACUGGACCGAUGGAAAUAUUCAUGGAUACUACGGGGACGAGUGCGAUGACACCGACUCCGACGAUUCCACGUCUAUCUAAAUCAAAAUAAUUAUAUACCGACACAAAAUUAACAUUUACAUGACAUUUACGAAUUGGUGCAGCUAGGAAUUUACCAAAAAAUAAAAAGAAUUCUCACGUUCUGUACUUAAACCGCUUAAAGGCUAUGAAUUUGAUAACAAUUGAUAUUUUCACAAAAAUAGUUACUAAAUACGGAUCACGCACAAAAAGACAUAGUUCGACUAGCCUAAACACAUACACACACACACACACACACACGAGAGCGAAAUAACGAAAGUUAACGAGCCCAAACUGAAAUAUUUUCUCAUAUUCUUGUAUAUAUCGUCAAGACUAACCAGCGUAGAGAAUUUGCAAAAGAAGGAAUAGGUAUAUGUAUAUAGAUAGGAUGUUCCAUUUCUCAUAAGCACCAUAAAUAUUUCUACUGCUGUUAAAGAUAUGAAAAUUGCACGCUUCUGGUAACGGCGAGAUCAUUUAAUUAUUCAUCGUAAAUGAAACAUCCGGUACAUAUUUAUAAAGAGAACCUCUGGAUCUCAAAUGCGUUCAUUCGAGUCGAGCUGGGGGGGGAGUGUUGUUUUUAUCGACGUAAAGCUAAGGUACCUUGUAAAUACUCGAAUUGUAUUCGAUUAAGCUCACGUCGCUAAAUGUUUACGUAUAGUUCAUGAAUUUUUUAACAAAGUUCACAAAUAUAAAUUUCUAUUUUACUUUCAUUAUAAUUUCUGGCGAGAAACUGUAUUCUGGCUAUGUUAUCAGUAUAUAAAAAAUUGAUACUUUUUUUUCGAUACUAGUCAUCAAUGAGAUUCAUAUGUAAAUACAGGAACGAUUUCAAACACCUAUUAAAAGUUGUUGCAUAUAAUUAAACAUCAAGUCUUAUGAAAAAAUAAUUAUAAGCAUUUGUCGAAACAAUAAUAUUUGGAUAGUCUUCUAUAAAACUUUGUACUCUCCUAUGAAGUUAUAUUACCAAAGACUCGUUUAGUCGUAUGAAUAUUAUAUAGUGAUACACAUUGUAAUAUUAUGAUAUUAUAACAUCUAAACAUAUCGGCGUAAUGUUAUAAUAUCGUAAAUUCAGUAUGACUGUAAAAAUCAGUUUAUUGUUAGUGUAAAGAAAUGUUAGUUCUUUAUGUAUGUCGUUUAAUAUACGAUAAAAAAAAGUUAUAUAUAUAUACAUAUAAAAGGCAAAAUAAAAAAUUUCACCAAUUUCUCCAUACCCCUUUUCUAAAACUAAACCGAUUUUUAUAAUUGAUGGCUCGUAAUGACGCAAAGUUAUAUAAGCAUCAAUUAUCCUCAAGAAAGUAACUAAAUAUUAUUUCAAGUCGAUUUAAAUGCACUUCACCAUCCACCCAGGCAAACCUAAGUUUAACUACUAGUAUUAAAAUGUAAUUAACAUAAAAACUAUAUAAAGUGUAUUUAAUUGUUAACAAGGACAAAGUUGUCUAUACCGUUGUUUAUCGUAUUAAAAAGAAAAGCAGCAUUUUAUAUUUUAACACUUUACACCUCGUAGUUUUUGGUGCGAAAAGAAAUGAAAAAAUAAAUAAAAAUAUGAGCAUCGGGAUACUCUGCAUCGCAUAA